GAUUUGAAAGUUUAAGAUGGGUGGGUAAAUUUAGAGAUCUAUUAGAGAUAAUAGGGAGGGAAGGAGGUGUGUAAGCAAUGAUAAGAGGGAAUUCUUCAUUCACCAACCUGUCUUAGUUCUUUUAGGUUCUUUCUUUCUUCCUUCUUCUUCUUCAAAGUUCAAAGGGCACAUCUUCCAAGUGAUUUCCUAAAUAAAUACUCAUCCAUCCACUUUCCCCCUCUUCUCUUCCAUUACCUCAAUCUCAAUCUCUAUCUCUCAAUAAUCCCUUUCCGCCAUGUCUAUGGACCUUGAAUUCCCCAAAAAUCUCCCCAAAAUCCGCCUUCCUUUACAGGUCCGAUCCCCUCCCAAACCCUCCCUUUCCGACAACAUCAUACCUUCUUCCGAUCAUGACUCCGACCUCGACCGCCGUUCCUGCCGGACACCUACCUCCGCCGAGCACAAGAUUCCCAAGAUCCUCAGCUGUCCUGGUGCUCCUAAGAAGCCUAAACGCCCUCCAGUCCCUUGCAAGAGGAAGUUGACCAUGGAGCUCAAAUUCUUCGAGAUCGUUAAUCAAGAAGAAGUCGAUAAUUUCUUCCGAUCCGCUUACGAUCUUGAAUCUUCUUCCACUGCGCCGCCUAAGAGGAAUUGCUGCCGGCCGUCAGCUUGAUCAAUUUCCAGAUUGCCGGUUUGAGCCCUAAAUUACUCUCUACACCCAUUAUAGAAAAAUCAAUUUUUCUUUAAUUCUUUCUUUCCUCUUUUUUUCUCCCUUUCCUUCUCCCAUAGUGAAUCAGCUCUUUGAUGUGUAUUAUUAUUACACGUACAUACACAUGGAAUCCAAUCGAACCGAAUGCGAUUCCUCUUAAUUGCAUCCAUCAGAGACUAGAUAAUCGUAUUAGGAUUAUCGAUAUCAACCAACCGCUUAGAAAAAAAAAAAAAAAAUUAUGCACAUAUGUUUCCGAAAA